AUGCCGCGAGGAAGGGGAAGAGGCAAGAAGGCACCCAGCGACAAGCUGGUAGCGGUGGAUUCGGUGCGUGUGUGCGAACUGUCGCCGUCCACCGUGGAAUUCACGACCCGCCAGAAGAUCCCGCGCCCUCCCAACGCCUUCAUGAUCUUCGCCAACGAAUGGCGCAAGAAACUGGCUGUCAACUACCCGCGCGAGAGCAACAAGGACAUCAGCGUCCGGCUCGGUGCAAUGUGGAAAUCAAUGACCAAGGCCGACAAGGACCAGUACUUCGCCCAAGCUAGGCAAGUGGACGCUGAACACAAGCGGAAGUACCCGACGACGAAUCACCCAAUUGCCAGCCGCUACCGUGGCACCUCCAGCUCCGACGACGUUUUACCGAUCACCUACGCAUCGGCGCUCUCUUCACCUCCCACCGGCCGACGCCCAUCGGACCAUGUGACCCUUCCAGUUGCUACGGAUACCGCCGGGGCCGACACGUCGCGCCCAAAGCCUGACGCUACUCCGGCGCCACUACCAACAGCGACGACUUCCGACACCCACACGCCUGAACACAAGGACGCCCCUUCAUUUGACGUUCCCGCGACGGCCUUCCUCUCAGAGCGACGCGACUCCCUUCCGUCUUCCGACAUGGAGGGACGAACCCGCAAACAACGUUCACCUAAGAGGCGCAAGAGGAGGCGCCGUACGUUCUCGGAACGAGACGGAUCACCUCCCCCGGAGGCUCCAGAGGCCGCCCGACCCGACGAGGCCUCGGAGAACCUGCACGACGAUACGAAUGACGACAACAUGACGCCGACUUUGGCUGUGUCGAUGCCUACUCUACUGGCUCGCUCAGGUGCUCCUGAACCAAUGGACUCCCGUUGCAACUGCCGCCGCGACGUCCUCCGCCCCUACGAGCGAAGUGGAACGUACGACCAUCACAGCGACAGCGCCUUCAAUGGUGUGGAGUGA